CUAAUUGACUUACUUACUCAUUAUCAUCCCUCGAGAUUACUUCGUUCAUUUCCUAAAAACGUGCUUUGGAAUUCAACUUAUAAUCUUCAGUAAAACUUAUGGUGGGCGUUCUUUUGCCGUUGCGUAGCCAUCAUUGUGGAAUUCUCUAUCCCAAUCUGUCAAAGAUUCUACGUCAGCUAACACUUUUAAACGUAGACUCAAAAAGCAUCUUUUCUUGAGUGCUUACCACGGAUGCUGAUUUUUUAUUGUUUUAUUAUAGUUUUACAGUUUUUAGAUUUAGUCAAUUUUAGAUAGUUUUGGUAAGUUUUCUGUUAAUUUUCAGUGAAUUUUUAUACUUGCAAAGCGCUGUUGAACCACUGGGAAACAGCGCUAUAUAAAUGUAUUAUUAUUAUCAUAACCAUUACAAUUUCUUCAAAUGUAAUUGGUGCAUAAACUGCUGUAUUUUGCACUAAUUAAUUUGCAAAGAUAUAAUCGGACAGUGUAAUCGGACAGUUGGUUAUACAGUCAACUCCCGUUAUAGCGGACACCCUCGGGACCGCGAUUUGGUGUCUGUAAUAGCGAGAGUCCGUAAUAGUUGGGUGCGAGAAAAUUUUUAUGUUAUAAUAUUUGGACACACUGGACGAGCUUAUUCAUGGCAGCGAGACUGCAAAGAGGGCCUUAAGAGAAAAAGAUGAAGAAAUUUUGAUUGAUGGACAGAAGAAGCGGAAAUCGAACAAAAAAGACAAAGACAUUUUCAAAAAGCAGAAAAAAUAGACUUGAUAUUUGUGCAAAUAUUCCAAGAUACUGCUCGGUGUCCGCUAUAACGAGAGAGGAAACGAUAAAAUUGUGACGUUGGGACCGAAUAAAGUGUUCGUAAGUCCGUAAUUGGAGAGUCCGUAAUAGCGGGAGUUUGUUUCAGUCAAACGCCUGUAACUUUCGCCGGGGAUUUAGCUGCUGUCCGUAACAGCGGUAUCUGUAAUAGCGAGGUGUCCGCAAGGCAGGAGUUGACUGUAAUCGGACACCUGUAAUCAGACAGUUACAUGAGCCAAUCAUUUUAAGUCCUUUCAGCUAAAUCCACCAAUCACCACAUUGAUUACAAUCACUAUAGCAACAAAAACUUACCCCUCACGGCAGGGGCCUUUUCCAAAAUGGCCGAAUAUGUAUCUUUAGAUAAUGUCUUUACUGGCGAUAUUUUCCCCGAUGUGAAUUUUGACACAUUUCCACAGUUUCUUCAGCAAAGUGAUGAAAGUUUAUUAUUGGAAUUGCCAGCUUUCACAGAUGAAAUACUAGAAACACAGCCCACAGUGACCACAGCAUCGUUGAUUCCCUCACAAAUUCCACGAACGGAAACAAUGCAAGUUGAAUUAUCUGAUUACCUACAGCGGCAACAUUCUGUUCCAGAUGAAAGUAUUUCCUUGCUAAUAGAGAAGAGUCCCGUUUUCCAGUUGUCUCAGGCGAAAAAAUAACGGAGAUAAACUAGUCGGCUAAAAGCAAAAACACAAAGUGUGGAAAAAAUAGUGUACAGCGCGAAAUAUUGACGACAAGAUUGAGAGUUUCAGCCCUCAAACUCUGGACGAGAAUUUGACAAAAUUCUACCUUGAAGUGAGAAAAAAGAAAGGCGAAAAAAAAUAAAACAAAAAAACCAAAAAGCCUAAAGACGUAGGAAACUUUCGUCCAAAAACUCAUCUCAAAAUUUUGAUUUCUGCGCAUGCCCGAGCAAAAAUGUGAUAAAACGCGAUGCUAGUGGAAAGAAAGGCAUUCUGUCUUGUUGCAAAUGCCUUUUUGAGUAGAUUAAAGCCCGUUUAGCUCAUAUCCAGGCUAAAGAUGUCUAGAAAUGCGUUUUUUCGGCCAAAAAUCUCCACGUGUCAAGGGGUUAAAAGCAAAUGAAUUGAAAAAAUAGCAAUAGUAACUGUUUGUCAAUCCGUCAAACAUUUACAAACCUCUAUCCUCCUUCCUUUACCAACUAAGAGAUUCACAAUUAUUCAUUCACAUUGUAAGUAAAGUUGAAUAGCGGAGAAAGUUUUCCAUUUAGUGGAAAGUACUAAGAUAUUCUUAGUUUCCACAACGUCCAGUAAGUAUAGCAUAUUCAUGUCUAUAGCUGGAAAAACAUAAUUAAGAGGGUUUGGCAUAAGCAUUUGCCGCGCCACUCCGGAAUGUUUUGAUUCUUGCCUGGCUGGAGAUGCAGUUCCCAGGCUCUCGUGCACAGCGGCACGAGAUAAGGCGAAGCCGAGAGAGACGAGUCGGCGAGCAAAGUGAGCCCGCGAACAUGAGAGCUUCUCAUUAUCUGUGCCUCUCACAAUACAAGAAAAGCCUUAUUUGUAUGUAAUACUGCGUUUCGAUAACAGUUGGAUUGAUCAUUUUUUAUUAUUCACCGUAAAAGAGAUGAUUAUUUGAGUGAACAUGAUUAUUCCAGUAUAGUACAAAAUAAAUCUUAGACAGAGAAUUCCUCGCCGAUUUUAGCAAAAAAGAGACUUGCUAUUGCGUUCAUUGUAACGCGUCUGAGGAGUUGAAAAUUAGAUGCUCCUGUUCUCCAUACAAAUUAUAUAUUAUAAACUACAUUAUAUUAAGCUUGGGUGACCUGUGGUAUAAACAAGAAAGGAUCACCGACUACUGAACUUCAGGAGCCACAUGUAAAUCAUGUUUUGGUUUAUUCCAGUUGUAAUCGGUUUGCUUGCAAUCUAUUUCGUAAGGAGACUGAUCCCUCGAGCGAAAGUUGAUGUUAAAGGCAAGUAUGUUCUUAUUACGGGCUGUGACUCCGGUUUCGGUAGAGAAACCGCCAUUAAACUGGACGAGAUGGGAGUUUGCGUGAUGGCGACUUGUUUAACGAAAGCAGGAGAACAGAGUUUGAAAUCCGUAACAAGCGACAAACUAAAAACAUUCCAGAUGGAUGUUACAAACUCACAGCAGAUAAAUGACGUUUGUAAGGAAGUAAAAGGGCAGAUUGCUUGUGGUGCAGCUACAGGAUUGUGGGGCCUGGUGAACAACGCUGGAAUUCUCCAGACACUUCCCAUAGAAUGGACACCACUGAACACCUUUAAACGUAUCGCAGACGUAAAUCUGUGGGGAAUGAUCGACGUCACUAAAACCUUCCUUCCAUUAGUGAAAAAGGCCCGGGGACGAGUGGUAAACUUCUCCAGUGGUACUGGUUUAUUGUCUCUUAACUUCUUCGCACCUUACGCCAUUAGCAAAUUUGGCGUGGAAGCGUUCUCUGACGCUCUUAGACGAGAAAUGCAUCCCUGGGGAAUAAAAGUGAGCAUCAUGGAACCAGGAGCAUUCAAAACACAAAUGAAUAAUUCUAGUGUGAGGGAAAUACAACUAAAACAAGGCUGGGAUAACUUGAAUGACGACCUCAAGGAAGAGUACGGAGAAAAUUACUUGGAAAAGAGCAUCACGUUCCUUACUGCUACACCUCCCUCAUCUCAUAUACCACAAGUUAGUGAUGCUGUUGUCGAUGCUCUGACAUCACAGUCACCACGUGAUCGCUAUUUAGUCGGUUUGGACGCCUGGUUUAUAACCGCUUGGAUGGCGCGGUUACCAACCUUCGUGGCAGACUUCAUAAUUACCCACGUGCUAUGUGGAAACAUAGUACCUCAGGGAAGCAAGUAACGUAGAACUAUAUGCAGUAACAAAGCUAGCAAAGCCGUGCUAUACAUCAAACUCUGUAUACGAAAGUGGCAAUCACAAUUUAAUGGUGCACGCUUACGGCUUUAGCAGUGGGAAAAGUUUUCCGCGGCUUGGUUUCAUCAGAAAAUUUUUUUCUCGCUCGGGUGGACAGACUGAGAGAGCGAGAAAUGUAGCUUUCGAACGGAAAUUUGCAAAUUGGAUCGAGUUUCAAACAUUCGUAGGUUUAAUAUAAACUCAACAUUUUGAUUCAGUCAUAUAUGUGGUAUAGAUAAGUGAUUACCUGUAAAUACAAUCACCGUCAGUUUAUAAAAUAAAGGCUGUCAAUCCAAGUAUGAUUCUUUUUUCAUCCCUUCAGGUAAACAAUUUGCACACAAAAUAUAAAGGGGGACUAAACUUUUGCUUCACUUUUAUUCCUAGAGUACCCUUAAGAUCUUUUAAUUAGAAUGUAAUGCUCUGAAUACACCUUGCAAGGCGCGUGCUUGGUAAAAAUUGUUGAUCAACGAUCGAUAUAUAAUAUAAUUUGUAGUUUACACGUGCAGCAAAACAAGUAGCACUACUUUGUUGUCCAACUUAUAACUUAGAAAGGUGACAAUUAAAGAACUGAAACAUCGGUAUUUCAGUUUCCUCCUCGAGUAUAAGAAACGUUUCAACUAUGAGCCCGUGAUUAUGUUUUAUGUUAUUCCCCAUGAAGCCAUGACCAGUUAGGUUAGUUCCUGGACAUUCCGGUGUCUAGCCAAUGCAAGAGGUAUGUCACCCUCGCAUACACGCCAAACUUCCCGGCUACGGCACAUCCAUAGCCCCAGCUGAUGACGCCCUGCAGAUAAAACUUCUCACCAGUCUCACACACCAUAGGUCCUCCACUAUCUCCCUGACAUGUGUCAAUUCCACCCUUGUCUAGGCCCGUACAUUCCAUUGAGUCGUGGAUCUUUCCUGAGUAAGGUCAAUCACAGCGAGUGACUUACUACGGAAACUUGGACCUGCUGAAGAUAGUCUGGACUGUCACCAUUGGAAGAUAGUGUGCCUAAACCCGUGAUCCAGAAUUUGGUACCGUCAGAUAGUUCCGCUACGGCCUGCGGAAGACACACCAGACUUACAAACCUAACCAGUGGGGGAGAGAGGAUCAGUAGAGGGAACAAUUACGAUCAGCCGUUGGGAAGGCGCUUCCAUAAAAAUGGCGCCACAAAUAGUUUGAGAAAGGCAAAGUUGAUGACUAUUUGACUGUAGUUUACUAUGGAAAAAAUAAUCGUCAAAAUUAUGUCGUGAACGUUUCGUAAAGAAACUCUCUUACAUACAUGAGAAAUGGGGCAAGUGUGAGGUGACGAUGACUGUGUAUUUGCCGAGUUCUUCUUGGCUGGAUCGAGACCUUUUAUGGUCCACUACCACGUCAGGAGCCCAUGACCAUGUAGAAAAGAUGAAGGUGGAAAUUGAGCCAUUUUUACUGAACAAGCUCAGACAAUGAAUACUUUCUUGUAUGGCACAAAGAACACUACUUUUCGUGCUGGAAAUAGCACACAAACUCGAUAGAGCAAGAUACUAACCACACACAGUGCGGGAUAUGGGACCUCUUGCUAGAGACCCCUGCAGGGAUGCACAUAGACCGCGCGCGAUAUGGUGUUGUGGUAGUGUUGUGACCAAAAGGAGCUCUGGGUACGAGAAGGUACGCAAACAGUGCGAAUAUAGAUUGCGCCGCACCCAACCAGUCCUGGUAUUGCUGUAUCAACUUUCUCAGUGAGUAUUUUAACUGUAGAGCUGCUUUUGUGUUUUGUUUUUUACAGUUUCUAAGCUUUUCAUACAACGAAACAAUUGUGUGUGAAGCAAUUUUUCGAUGUACAGUAGUCAUUGGUGACAAUAUGCUGUUUACGAUUAAGGCUGGUUUUCACUAGCGCAUAAGCACAAGCAUAAGCAUAAGAAAGUGAGAACACCCACGACAUAAGCAUAAGCAUAGGCACAAGAAGAACGAACAUGGUUCGUUCUUCUUGUGUUUAUGUUAUGCUUAUGUCGUAGUGCGAACGCGAGUGAAAUAAGCAUCAGCAUAAGCGUAAGGUGGCCAUGUUGAUUGCAUAGUCCAGGAAAGCUGGUAUCGAGAAAUUUUGUUAAUACUGCGCCUGCGUAUACUCUUAUGCUUAUGUUCUGGCGUUCUCAUUUGCUUAUGCUUAUGCUUAUGAUUGUGCUUAUGUGCUAAUGAAAACCAGCCUUAACUUGCAAUCUAAUCAGUCACUGAGCACUUAUUUGACUACACUGCAGUCUACUGCUGUCAUGAAUACAAAAGCUUCUGUCCCUGACAAAGCACUGCACCGAAAUUGCCUGCAAAGAACUGCAGAAAGUGGUAUUUGGGUUACACAGCCUGCAGUGUAGGCAUUUUUGCUUGGCUAGCUGAGGGAGGAAUAAUUUUGUUAACAAUCUUGUCUGGUACAUCUUAUGGCCACCUUUAAGUCGGGAAAUGUAGAGUGUUGGAGGGUAACCAUCUCCGUCACCCAUUUCCUUUCUCCCCAUGAAAACCCUUUUUAUGGAAUCAACUAAAUACAGGAAUGAUAGUGUUCUGUUUAGACUUCAUAACACUGAUCUGAGAAUGAAAAUGAAUCAUAAACGUAGCUCUGCAAGGGGCAGAGGGAUACAAAAAGAAAAGAGGAAACUGGAGUUGGAAUUGGUAGAUGUGUCUAAAAAUGGUAGGAGAGAAGCAGAGUCAGUGGCAAGCACAAGUGGUACAGUUGAAGUUAGCCAGAAGGUAGUGGCAAGAAAUGAGCUAUGUGGGAGUGAUUCAGACAUCACUGUUGAGGGUGUGGAGAUUGAGCAGCAGCAGCCGCAGUGCAGAGACAUGGCACCUGGUACUAGUAAAAAUGGUGAGAAACAUGAACAAGUGCAGGCUGAUGCAGAGGUUCCUCAGGGAAGAAAAGGCAAUUAUCACUUGGAAAAAUUGCCAAAAAGCUUUUCGACUGGCUGCAUGGAGGAGGAAUACCAUGCACUGUGCACCAUUAAAACUGCAGCGGACAGACUAGCGGAAAAGGGGGUGCUGUCUUGUGUUGCUGAGCGGGCUAUGAGUUGGCUACGGCUAUCAUAUAAAAAAAUUCAUGACAAAGACCUACCGAGACAAGCCUGUAAGUGAAAAUUUCCAUGUUUUGAAACAGGAACUGGUUUUUGUUAAGUUACAAUAUUGAUACCACUAAGGAAAAAAGAAAAAUGAAGUAUUAAAUCUCCACUUGGUCAGCUGCAUGUAGUUCCAAAUAAUAUAUUCAAGGUGUAUAUCCCCACUAGUAUUGGCCCUCAUCAGUUUCUUGGUGUAUUUGAUAUACUUAGUACACCCAGCAAAUUAUCCCGAACUUCAAAAAUCAUUUUGUAUGAGGCACUGUAUGAUCUCCAGUCAAGAGUUCUGGGUUAAAUCCCUGGUCAGGGGUCAUUGUGUUCACUUUCUGUGCAAGGCACUUCACGUUUGCAAAACAUCUCUCCACCCAAGACCCCCACAAAAUGUUGGGGGUUACUAGCUUGUGCAGCUUCCUUUCCAAAGGCACGUACUGCAAGAGAUAUGCAAAAGCUACGGUAGCUUGGGGUGCAAUGAAUCAAUCCAACCUUAAUCACUUGUCAGAGUGUUCUAGCUCAACCAAAAAGCUGUACUAAUUUAUGACACCUACACUAAACUUGUUCCUAAUGUAAAGAGCUAAAAUACAUAAUUAUUGAGAUAAACCUAUUAUUAAAAUUCUUUAAAAUUGUAGAAU